AUGACGGAUAUCAACGACAAGACAGAAUGGACGCUGAUUGUGGCCUCUCUGGGCGACCACGAGCUCCGAGCCGAGAGAGAUCGUCUACAGAACUCGAUCCAGCACCUCAAACGGUCCAAUGAAGAGCUGGAGGAGUUUGUCAAGGAGGACGACGAGCUACAGGAGGUCAUUGACGACAACAACAAGGUGAUUGGCAACCAGGAGAUGCGCAUCCAGGUUCUGAAGGCCGAGAUUACCAAACGUGGUAUAAGUCAUUCCGAACAGCAAGUGGAAAACAAUGGGUCUAAGAUUGAGGAGAUUACCGAAGACGCCGACGAGACAGCUGUCCCAACGGAGGCUGACGAAGGGGAGACUGUUAUUCACUUGUAG